CAAAGCCCUUUUCUUAGUUAACACUCAUAAUUAAACAUGGCCUCUUUCAAGUGCUCAAUCCUUAUUGCUUUCUUCAUUGCUUUGUCAUUUGCAAGCAUGGAUGUUGGCUUAGCGGCUCGUCAUCUCUUGCAAAUGCCUCCAUUGCCUUCUAUUCCAAAUAUGCCAAAGCCUACAUUCCCACCCAUGCCAUCUAUCCCAACUCUGCCUCAGCCAACACUGCCAACCUUACCAACUACACAGCCUCCACUUCCUAGCUUGCCUACAAUGCCUACUGUUCCUAAGGUCACUUUGCCUCCAUUGCCAAGCAUGCCUUCUAUCCCCACUAUCCCAACUACAAUUCCUUCUAUCCCGUUCCUUUCUCCACCACCUGGCAACUAAUUAAAUCUUGGAACGUCCCUUUGCUGCAGUUCCAUGGAGUUAUUUUGCGACACUGAUCAUAGCUUGUUUUUUUUAUAUUUAUUUAUGUGUUUGUGCAUUGUGAGUUCCUGAUUAUGAUAUUUGUUUUUACUAUUGUAAUUCCUGAUUUUUGUAUUUUUCAUAUAAAUAUUUGUAUACCAUCUUGGCAAGCUUAGCCUAUUCAUUGUAUUGUGUAUCCAAUAUAAAUUUAUUUUUUUGAAUG